AUGGGUCAUCGGACUCUAACUUCCAGCCCUGCCCUCUGGGCCUCCAUUCCCUGUCCACGCUCUGAGCUUCGCCUGGACCUGGUUCUGGCCUCCGGGCAGUCUUUCCGGUGGCGGGAGCGCAAUGAGGGACACUGGAGCGGUGUGCUGGCCGGCCGGGUGUGGACGCUAACGCAGACGGACGAGCGGCUCCAUGGCACCGUGUACCGACCCGGGACGGGCCAGCCCAGCGCGCCCACGCCCGAGGAGCUGCAGGCUGUGCGCCGCUACUUCCAGCUGGACGUCAACCUGGCGCAGCUCUACCACCACUGGGCUUCCGUGGACCCCCACUUCCAAGAGGUGGCCCGGAAAUUCGAGGGUGUGCGGCUUCUACGGCAGGAUCCAGUUGAAUGCCUUUUCUCAUUCAUCUGCUCUUCCAACAACAACGUUUCUCGCAUCACUGGCAUGGUGGAGCGGCUCUGCCAGGCCUUUGGCCCUCGGCUCGUCCAGCUUGAUGAUAUCACCUACCAUGGCUUCCCCAGCCUACAGGCCCUUGCUGGGCCCGAGGUGGAGGCUGACCUCCGGAAACUGGGGUUGGGAUACCGUGCCAGCUACGUGAGCGCAAGUGCCCGAGCCAUUCUAGAAGAACAUGGUGGGCUGUCCUGGCUGCAGCAGCUUCGUGAGGCCCCCUAUGAGGAUGCCCAUCAGGCCCUCUGUACCUUGCCUGGAGUGGGUCCCAAGGUCGCUGACUGUGUCUGCCUGAUGGCCCUCGACAAAGCCCAGGCUGUGCCUGUGGACGUCCACAUGUGGCAGGUGGCCCAGCGUGACUACAACUGGUACCCUACCACAAGCCAGGCAAAGGGUCCAAGCCCUCCAGCCAACAAGGAACUGGGAAACUUCUUCCGGAGCCUGUGGGGAAUUUAUGCUGGCUGGGCCCAAGCGUACACCUUGCCCCCACAGGUGGUGUUCUGUGCUGACCUGCGCCAGCCCCACCGUGCUCAGAAGCCACCAGCAAAGCGCAGAAUGGGGUCCAGAGGGGCAGAAGGCUAG